UACCCCUCAAUUUUCAACCAAGUGCUAAAAAAGUUUGCAAGAUUUUACAGGAAAAACAGGUGCAUGAAAAUGAUCUCCGGGUACACAGCAAACGGAGACCGUCUGCAACAGCUAAAAGCCUUUGACGAGUCCAAAUCUGGUGUCAAAGGGAUCGUCGACAAAGGCAUCACAAAAGUCCCACCAAUUUUCGUUCGGCCGCCGGAAUUUUGUGGCGGCGACAAACCAAAUUCCGGCCAUCGAACUCGAACCCAGUUCAGUGUUCCUGUUGUGGACCUCGCCGACACAGUCGGUCAGCGUGCUGACGUGGUUGCCGGAGUUCGGCGUGCCGCGGAGACUGUUGGGUUCUUCCAAGUGGUGAACCAUGGGAUACCCAAGAGAGUGUUGGAUGAGAUGUUGGCGGCGGCGCGUGGGUUCCACGAGCUGCCAAGGGAGGUGAAGUCUGAGUACUACAGCAGGGAGCUGCUGAGAAAAGUCAAGUUUGGAAGUAACUUUGAUCUGUAUCAGUCAAGGUUUGCUAAUUGGAGGGACAGUUUGUUUUGUGUCAUGAGUCCUGAGCCUCUUGAUCCUCAAGAAUUGCCUCUAAUUUGCAGAGACAUAACUAUGGAAUACUCUGAAAAUGUUCACAAAAUGGGUGUCACAUUGUUUGAAUUGCUAUCGGAGGCACUUGGGCUCAAACCUGACCACCUUAUUGGAUUGGAUUGUGCAAAGGGGCAUCUUGUACUUAGUCACUACUAUCCACCAUGCCCUGAGCCUGAACUCACAAUGGGCACCAGCAAACACUCAGAUCCUGACUUUCUCACCAUCCUACUCCAGGACCAAAUUGGUGGCCUCCAAGUUUUGUAUGAGAACCAGUGGAUUGAUGUUCCUCCUGUGCCUGGAGCUCUUGUAGUCAACAUUGGAGAUCUCUUGCAGCUUGUGUCGAAUGACAGAUUUAAGAGCGUAGAACAUCAGGUGCUUGCAAACCAUGCAGGGCCAAGAGUAUCCAUUGCCUGCUUUUUUACCCUACAUCUUCACCCUUCGACAAGGUUGUACGGCCCCAUAAAGGAGUUGUUGUCAGAAGAUCGUCCGCCUGUUUACAAAGAAACCUCACUGAAAGACUUCAUUGCCUACUACGAUGAGAAGGGGCUUGAUGGAAACUCUGCACUAACAUAUUUCAAGUGCCAAAGGUUCCAUUUUGAUUUCAAAAUGUCCCCGAAUUCAACAAACCAAGCCCGUCUCCAACAGCUAAAGGACUUUGACGAAUCAAAAGCUGGUGUCAAAGGGAUCGUUGACAAAGGCAUCACAAAAAUCCCAUCAAUUUUUGUCCGGCCCAAGGAAUAUUCCGCCGCCGGGGACCCAAGUUCCAGCCAACCAACCCGAACUCAGUUCAGUAUCCCUAUCGUGGAUCUCGCUGACACUACCGGCCUGCAUGAUGACGUGGUCGCUGGAGUCCGGCAGGCAGCGGAGACUGUCGGGUUCUUCCAGGUGAUGAACCAUGGGAUACCCAAGAGAGUGUUGGAGGAGAUGUUGGCGGCGGCGCGUGGGUUUCACGAGCUGCUGACAGAGGUGAAGGCUGAGUACUAUAGUAGGGAGCAGAUGAGGAAGGUCAAGUUCAGGAGUAACUUUGAUUUGUAUCAGACAAAGUUUGCUAGUUGGAGGGACAGUUUGUUUUGUGUCAUGGGUCCUGAACCGCUUGAUCCUAAAGAAUUGCCUGACGUUUGCAGAGACGCAACCAUGGAGUACUCAGACUAUGUUCACAAAUUAGGUGUCACAUUGUUUGAAUUGCUAUCUGAGGCACUUGGGCUGAAAUCUGACCACCUUUUAGGCUUGGAUUGUGCAAAGGGGCAUGUAAUUCUUAGCCACUACUAUCCGCCAUGCCCCGAGCCUGAACUGACUAUGGGAACUACCAAACACUCUGAUCCUUCUUUUCUCACCAUACUACUUCAGGACCAAAUUGGUGGCCUCCAGGUUCUGUAUGAAAACCAGUGGGUUGAUGUUCCUCCUGUUCCUGGAGCUCUAGUUGUGAACAUUGGAGAUCUGUUGCAGCUUGUAUCCAAUGACAGGUUUAAGAGUGUGGAGCAUCAAGUGCUUGCUAACCAUGCAGGACCAAGAGUAUCUGUUGCUUGUUUUUUCACCCUGAAUUUUUACCCAUCAACAAGGUUGUACGGCCCCAUAAAGGAAUUGUUGUCUGAAGAUCAUCCGCCUCUAUACCGGGAAACCUCACUGCAAAACUUCAGUGCUCACUACGACGGAAAAGGGCUUGAUGGGAACUCUGCACUAACACGUUUCAAGUGGCAGAGGCAACAAUGAAAUAAGUCACCUGUGCUGUAGAUAAGUGGCUGUGAACAUAUGUUAAGAGUUCCUUCAAGUGGCAAAGGUCACAAUGAAAUAAGGCAAAUAUACCAUAUGCUUAAACUUUGCAUUAUGUUACAAACAAACCACAUAUGUUUGAUAAUGCAGUGCCCCUCUAUUGAUGCUUGUAGUUUAUAAAGGCUGAAGCAGAUUUGAUUGCACAAAUGGAUCACCAUUUUAAUCUUUUGCACA